AUGGCCGGCCCUCGCCUGCGGGCCUGCGGGCUGGCCGGGCUGGCCGCGGCGGGCGGGGCGCUGCUCUACACCGCCUGGAGGACUUACUUGGCCGCCCAGCGGGCCCCGCAGGAAGAGGAGGAGGAGGAGGAGGAGGAUCGGAAGGAGGAGGAAGAAGGAGGGGAGGGGGCCGCCCCCGACCCGCGGCCUCAGGUGAAACCCCUGAAGAAACAAGUCCUAGUUCUUGGCCUGGAUGGAGCAGGGAAGACGAGCGUCCUUCACUCCUUGGCCACUAAUCGAGUCCAGCGUUGUUCCACUCCCACCCAAGGCUUCAACGCCGUGUGCAUCCACACCGAGCGGGGCCAGCUGGAUUUCUUGGAAAUCGGGGGCAGCGAGCCUUUCCGUUCCUACUGGAACAUGUACCUGUCCAGGGGCCUGGUGCUCAUUUUUGUGGUGGACUCAGCCGAUCCCAGCCGAUUUCCUGCCGCCAAGAGGCACCUUCAUCAGCUGAUCCAGAAGGAUGUGUCUCUUCCUCUGGUGGUUUUGGCAAAUAAACAGGAUCUGGAAGGUGCGUCUUUCAUCACUGAUAUUCACGACGCUUUGGAACUCUCGGCCGUUGGCGACCAGAGAAAGCUGUUCCUGAUUGGCACCCAUGUGGCCGAAGGCGAUUCCCACAUCCCUUCCAGCAUGCGGGAUGCCCGGGACCUCAUCACCCAGUUGGUUUCAGAAGCCCAGUGACCCUAGUGGAACAGUUGUCGCGCCAAUGUUCAGCUGCAAACUUGAACUCAGGAUGUUUUCACUUUGAAAUUAAAAAUGGAUAUUUUCCUAUUUUUCCCCAGUGUUUGGAAUCUAUAUGAGCAUGAUGCUAAUUUAUCCAAAGUUUUUUAUGGAGACACCACAAUUCGAAAUAGAUUAUAAAGUGCCAGAGCAUUUUGUAAGAGUUGAGGCUUUUAACUGAGAUAAUUAAAGGAAAAUUGUUAGAGAGCAAAUUUUAGGCUUGUUUGGGUUUUUUCCAGUAAGUAGUAAAAUGUACCAUUUAUCCAUGUUUUAAUGACCUAUUCUAAGCUUUAAAAUAACUGUUGGUUUUGAGGGUCUCCAGAGGACUCACUCAUCGGGUAUUGGAGAGCCCAGUGGGUCAGGAAGAGAAUGUUACGGUUUGGGUCUGUAGUGUCAGCUGUGGGAGAGCAAAUCCAUCAGAGAUCCUUCCCCUUAAU